AAGUGAAGUAUAACCUUGUGCCUAUACCAAGAUGUCGACUGAUAAGAUCACCUUCUUGACCAACUGGCACGCGACGCCGUACCACGCCCCCCUGUACCUCGCGCAAGCCAAGGGUUUCUUCAAAGAAGAAGGCAUCAAGGUCGCCUUGCUCGAGCCCAAUGACCCGUCUGACGUGACGGAGAUCAUCGGCAGCAGCAAGGUCGACAUGGGCUUCAAGGCUAUGAUCCAUACCCUUGCCGCCAAAGCGCGCGACUUCCCCGUGACCUCCAUCGGCUCUCUCCUCGACGAGCCCUUCACCGGCCUCGUGUACCUCAAGGGCAGCGGAAUCACCGAGGACUUUCGCUCCCUGAAGGGUAAGAGAAUCGGCUAUGUGGGCGAGUUCGGCAAGAUCCAAAUCGACGAACUCACCAAAUACUACAACAUGACCACAUCGGACUACACCGCCGUCCGCUGCGGCAUGAACAUAACCCGGGCCAUAACCUCCGGCACAAUCGACGCCGGCAUCGGCCUCGAAAACGUGCAAAUGGUCGAACUCUCCGAAUGGCUCGCCGCCCAAAACCGCCCCCGCACAGACGUCCAAAUGCUGCGCAUCGACCAGCUCGCCGAGCUCGGCUGCUGCUGCUUCUGCUCCAUCCUGUACAUCGCGAACGACGCCUUCCUCGCGCGCAACGAGACGCAAGUCCACGCUUUCAUGCGCGCCGUCAAGCGCGCUACAGACUACGUCCUCGCCGAGCCUGCUGCCGCAUACGAAGCCUACGUGGACGUCAAACCCGCUAUGGGCACGCCCGUGAACAGGAAGAUCUUCGAGCGCUCGUUCGCGUACUUCAGCCGCGAUCUGAAGAACGUGAACCGCGACUGGGCGAAGGUCACUGCUUAUGGCAAGAGACUGGGCAUUUUGGAUGAGACGUUCCAGCCGAACUAUACUAAUCAGUAUUUGUCGUGGACGCUGGAUGGGGAUUCGGCUGAUCCGACGGGUGAUCAGAAGCGGAUGGUGGAGUUGCAGGAGGAGGUUGCUGUGCAGGGUGGGUUUAAGAGGUUGGAGGUUGCUUCUUCUGCUUGAUUUUUAGCCUCUCUUUUGAGGUUUUAAGGCACACGGGAUGACGAUGUCGCUUGUUCGGCAUGUCUGUCUGUUUGUCUGCCUGUCUGUCGACGCGGUGAUGUUAUGUCCGGCUUGCUGGUUAGGGUUAGCUAGCUACUACUUUCGUUGAAUGCCGGAUAUAUGCUACUUUAGUCUUGUGCAUGCACUCUUUGUGCAUUGAUGGACUCUAAAGUCAAUCAAUUGAUUUACUCCCAGUUUUUCUCCAAAUCAAGCAGUCAAUUACAAUUAUCCAUUAGCGGGAGUCAACCCUAAUAUAUACACACACCCAACUAUCUAC